AUGGAGAAGAAGCGCAUGCACAUCCUGCUGGUCAUCGACAGCAACCCCGCCAACAACUGGUAUCGCGUCUUCAAGGGCCUCAAAGGACCGGAUGGGGAGGAGAUCCGGGUGGAGCAGACGCAGUGGGACCUGAUCGAGGCGUGGGCCGACGACGCGGUGCACCUCACCGUCCACCCGUCGCCCGAGCCCAUCCUGGGCAGCUCCCAGAAGUACGAGCGCAGCUUCACCCCCGACUUCGUCCUCGUCCGCAACUUUGUGCUGGGCAUCCACGGUCAGUCGUGGCUCAACACCCUCAUGGCCCUCCGAGUGGGUAACGUGCCGGCAGUGAACUCGCUGGACUCGGUGUUCUUCAGCACGCAGCGGGCGCUGAUGAUCGCGGAGCUGAAGCGGAUCCAGGGCAAGCUGGGCAAGGACGUGUUCCCGCUCGUGCCCAUCCGCUACUACCCCAACACCCGGCACCACCUGCCCAAGCCCAAGGACCUCCCGCUGGUGGCCAAGGUGGGUACGUCGCACGCGGGCUAUGGUAAAAUGAAGUUCAAGGACGACGACUUUGCCGACUUCUCCACACUGAUGGCCAUGUAUUCGGACUACAUUACGACGGAGCCGUUCGUGCCCAACGUGGGCGACGUGCGCAUUCAGAGGGUGGGGGACCAGGUCAGGGCCUACCGCAGGGUCACGGCCGGGUGGAAGGGCAACGUGGGCGAGGCCGAGGUGGAGGACAUCCCAGUCACCCCCCUCUACCAGCUGUGGGCCGAUGAGUGCAGCAAGAUCUUCGGCGGCCUGGACAUCUUGAGCAUCGACGCUGUGGUCGACGAGAAGGGCAACCACACCAUCCUUGAGGUGAACGACACCGCCACGGGCUUGAACCCCUUCCACCAGGAAGAGGACACGGCCCACAUCAGAGACCUCGUCCUCCGCCGCAUGACCGAAGCCUUCAACGCCACCAACAGCAACUGA